AGUCCCGGCCGCUCCUGCGCGCUCCCGCCUGCCCGCGCCUCGGAGCUACCGGGCACAUUCGGGGCCGAGAUCCCAGGGCUAGGGGUCGCAUCCCGCUGCUGGAGCCCGUGCCGCCCAGGGAGAUCUGGAGAAACGUUCCAGCUGCCUCUACCCCAGAACUUUUCGCAGACCUGGCAUGAUCCAGCAGCGGCGGGGGCCGUGGGUUUCCGAAGAAGCUGUGCGGCUCCGGGAACUGUUUUAACUGCAAGUGAGAGAAACCAAACUGACACUGGCUUCAGCAAAACCAGAGGAUUAUUCACUUAUAUACCUGGGAUGUCCAGGGUUGCAGAUGGCAUCAGACUGGCUGGGUUCAGGUACUCAAACAACGAGGUUGUCCAGACUCCGCUUCUCUUUCCAUCUCUAGCACAUGCUCUCCCACGUGGGUGAGAUAGCCCCACACCUAUCCUUUCCGGACUCACAUCCUUUUAGCUUUAGCAAUCCCAGCAGGAUCCUCCUUCCCAACAGUCCGUGAAUAAAAGCCCUGGGGGAACUUGGGCUGACCCAGCCUGGCUCACGUGUCUUUCCCUGAACUGAGGCUAUGGAGACUGGUGAUGGCCAAGCCUAGGUCACAUGUGCUUCCCCGUGCUCAGGUGCGUGCCCUAACUAAACCGCACAGAAGCUCCAGAGAAGAGGAGGUUCUGUUACCAGAAGAAGGGGAGAAGGGGUGCAGGACCCGAAACAAUGAACUUCCCAUUUCACAGAGGAGGAAACAGAUUGGUGGUAUGAUUGCUUAAUAGUUAAACUUGAAGGCUCUGGGGUCCCACCCAUCUGGCUUCGCUUCCUUGGGCAACUUAACUACAUCUAUAUCUUUUAAGGCUUUAGAGUCUUCAUCUCUAAACUAGAAAUAACUGAUGAUAAAGGCCAAGAAAUAAAAAAGCGUGAUGAUAAUAGUCCCUACAUCUCAAAGGGUUGGUGGUUGAAGUGAGGACUAGGUGAGUGAAUACAUACACACAGAGUAUGUAGUUAGCAUGGGGCCUGGCACAUAGGCAGCCCACAGUAAAUGAGGCUGUUAUUAUUAUUGAUCAGGCAACAUUAACAAGUACACAGCAGCUGAUAAGUGACCUACCUUCUGACUCCUGGAGCAGGUCUCCAUCCAAAUAGGGAGGCAGGGAGAGGGUACAAAACGGUGAUUUCCUCUUUCCUGUCUGUUGCAGAGUGAAGCAGCAUGGACGCCAUCAGCCAGGUCCCCGUGGAAGUCGUACUCCCCAAGCACAUCCUGGACAUCUGGGUCAUCGUCCUCAUCAUCCUGGCCACCAUUGUCAUCAUGACCUCCUUGUUGCUGUGCCCGGCCACUGCUGUCAUCAUCUAUCGCAUGCGGACUCAUCCUGUCCUCAAUGGGGCCGUCUGAGAACUUCCCGAGAGGGGCAGGUGAGGGAUGAGGACAGCAGCCCCGGCCCCAGCUGCUUCCUCUUUCUCAGAAAAGCAGCAGGAGGGACUUUGGAGCAUGGACUGUGGAGCUCGAUAUGUGAGGAGACCUGAGUUCUGGUUUUGAUUCUGUCACUGGCCAGUGGUGUGAGUUCGGUCAAGAGACCUAACUCUAUGAGUUCCAGGUUCCUUAUCUUCCAAAUGGGGAUCGUGAUCCCUGCCCGUCCUACCUCAUGGGGUUGUGAGAACCAGUGACCUAGUCGAGGGUAAAGCUGUUGGUAAGCAGACACACAGGUGUUACUGCUGAAUGCUGAGAAGGUUUGAAGAACCAGAGACCCUAAUUGCUGAUAAGAGCCUUCAGUGUGGUGAGGGAGACACUGGGGCAGAGCAGCCUUUGCCAGUGCCCCUCAGGUGAAACCAAGCAAAGGCAUCCUGUCCUCAUUCCAAGGGACCAACAGCAAGUGGCUCAACGCUAUUUCCUUUGAGGUGCCACGCCAUCAAGUUUUCUAAUUUGAGAGGGAACUGAGCAUGGCAGGGGAGGGAGGUGGGUGGAUCUUCCUAGGACACCAGAACCUCUGCAAUCUGGAGGGGGCUCUGCCAUUUCUUGGCAAUGCCAAGGGAGCUGGGGCAAUGGGCUUCCUUCUGCGUUAGAGUCCCAUAGCUUUGACACUCAAGCAAUGUGGGCAAAUGUAGGGUGGCUGAGUUCCCUGGCCAGCUUUCAGGAUCUCCAGCGCCCCUGCCCCUGCCACCCCACCCCCAGUCCCCAGUGUGCCCCUCUGCCCCAGCUCCUGCUAUAAUUAGGUCCACUGCAUAAUGUGUACUGCAACCAUUCCAAGGUACAGACAUAUUUUAAGAGAUGUUCCCUGCACUUUCGGAACUAGCUCAAACAACAAUGUUUAUUUUAAACACUAUGAUUUAUAUUUAUAUGUAGAGAGAGAUUUCUGGACCACUCGAGCUCUUUGACCAAAAUCAGGAGCAUCUGGGGAUUUGUUAAAUUAUGUAAGAAGAUAGCACAGAUUAUCGGGAUAUUAUUGUGUGAAAAUGAUGCUUUUACUUUGAUCUGAUUUCAUUGAUGUACACAACUAAUUUCCAAUAAAGUGCUAGA